GCCACGCCCCCGUCUCAUCGUGAGAGCCAAUGGGAUUCGUUGUGGUGAACACGCGUUUCUCCCUUCAGUGACACACCACCACUGAGAACUUGGUCCCUCUUUAUUAUCAUUGUCACAGAAUAAAUCAGAGAACAUGUCUAUCCGUUGGUUGGAAAUAGUCUUUUUCUUCUAUUUUGCCUCUCACAUUCCCAUCACGUUAUUUAUUGACCUCCAGGCCCUGCUGCCCGGACACGUGUACCCUCAGCCGCUGAAGGACCUUCUGCAGUGGUAUGCAGAGGGGUUCAGAGACCCCAUGGUGCUGGACCCGCCGGGCUGGUUCAAGUCUUUCGUUGUGUGCGAGGCUCUGCUCCAAAUGCCGUUUUUCCCCGUCGCAGCGUAUGCGUUCCUGAAAGGUGGCUGUACGUGGAUCAGGACUCCUGCCAUCGUGUAUUCUACACAUGUGGCCACUACUCUGGUCCCCAUCCUAGCUCACAUCUUGUUCUACCAGUUCCCUAUGAAACCCCACCCUGGUCCCCAGACCGCACAGGAGCGCUGGCUGCUGGUCUCUAUCUACUUACCAUAUCUGCUGGUGCCCGUGCUGCUGCUCCUCACCAUGCUGCUGUCCUCCACAUACAACCCCACCUCCACGUCUGGACACAAGUCCGCCAAGUCCAAGAGGAAGUGACGUGCAACCACCAGACUAAAGCGAUCUAAUCCACUCUGAUUUUAGGAAAUAUCUUCCUACAUUUCUCAAUGUACCAUUUGUAUGUGAUUUACAUAAUGUGACUUAUGAAAUCUGAGAGGCUGUGUGAGUCGGACUGCAUCACACUAUUAUUAGAAAUAAUUUGCUACAGUUAAAACCAGCCAUAAUGUUCUUCUUUACAAGUAAGCACAUUUUUAUCUUUUGUCUUUUAUCUGAACCAAAGGGAAAAUAAUACACUCAUAAAGAACUGCAGGAAAUCAGGAUGUACAAGUUGUUCUCCUAAUAUGGAUUCAUGUGUGGCACCCUGGACAUUGUGGACAUAUUUUAUAUCUCCUGUAUACAUGUUAAGAUUGAUAACAUUGUAUGCAAUAUUGUAGCAGUUUGAGAGGUCUCAACACAAUAUUAGUAUAUAUUUCCAGCUUUGUUGUAGAAUUACACAUACUGAUAUGAACUCUGUGUGACUGGACACAGUUAAACAGAAGUAUCUGGUUGACCAGUGGGGUCAACUCUUUUCUAUUCAGAGAUCAAUGUUUUGCAUGCCGGACUAUAUUCUGACCAUCUCCAUAUAUGGACUUGUGUUUCAUAUGCCUAUAUUCUGACCAUCUCCAUAUAUGGACUUGUGUUUCAUAUGCCUGCGCUCAGCAUCUCCCUGAAAUGUAAAUAACUGACCUCUAGGUUAAAAGUUUAAGCUGGUUAACAUCCAUAAAUGGACAUAAAGAUGACAACCAUAGGUGUCUCACCGCCACUUCUAUGUGGUGGGUUAGGGUAUAAAGGUAUUGUGGUUUCUUUAAAGAGUUGAUGAAAUUCUGCAGUCCAGCAGAUUGCUUUUUGACCCAUGAUUCAUGUUUAAUAAAGAAUUCUACUAAAUUGA